ACUACUUCUCCAACUACUUAUUACACCACUUACCUGUCAAACAGAUCAGUAACUAAAUAAUGCUGUUCGACAAAGUGCUUCUUGUACUAUGGCUUAUGUUUUGGAAGGUUGAGAGCCGUAAGGAGUUCCUAGUUGCUGAAUCAGCUAACAUGGAUUUAAUGCAAUUGGACGGCGAGCUAAUCGACAGUCUAAUGAGUUAUGCCGACAAAAUUGACCAGAAGGUUUCCAAACUAAAGAGACUUGCUCAAGAGUUAAGGCAGCCCUUGGAGGCUGCGAAAGGCAGAGAAGAGGAGUACCUGGGCAAUCCCCUCCACAGUUUUCCACUCAUUCGACACAUGUACCAGGAUUGGCAGUACCUGGCGGAGUUUAUGAAGAAACCAGUGGGAGAAGAGGAAAUCGGCUUUCUAAGAAAGAAGUUACCUGAGUUGCCCUGGCAGGCGGAGACCGAGGAAGCCACCGUCUACAUCUUCCGAAUAGCCGAAACGCACGGAAUGAUGCCCUGGGAAAUGGCCAACGGUCUCAUCGACAACGUUCGGCUCAACUCCACACUGUCAGCUCUGGAUUGCUUUGAAGUGGCGAAGUUGUACUUCAAGUGGGGCUACUUCAAGCAGGCAUUGCAGUGGAUAAGUAUCAGCAAAACUCGGCUGCAAGAGGAGUACUCGGGGGUGUAUGAGGUGCUGGGAAUGUCUGGCCAGGAUGUGGCCCUGCUGCAGGCUCGCUGUUUAGUGGAAUUGGACCUGAGGGAUGUAGCCCUCGAGUUGCUUGUGAAGCAGCCUGAUCUCGCAGAGCACUCGACUAGCUGGCUGGACCAAUUCGAGGCCUAUCCUCACAUGACAGUAGAUAGCCCGCCCACUUUGGGUGAAGACUUCAAAAGACUGUGCCGUUCCUCGUUCUCCCCAAAGCCUUCAAAACUCCAUUGUCGCUACAACAGCACCACGUCGCCCUUCCUGAUCUUGGCUCCCCUCAAAAUGGAGCAGAUCUCCCUGGAGCCCUAUAUAGUGGUGUACCAUGACAUCCUGCCGGAAGGGGACAUCCAUCAGUUAAUAGCCUUGGCGGAGCCACGUUUAAGGGCCACACUAGCGUUUACAGAAGAUAAGAGUGAUUCAGUCUUCGGAGCCUUUCUUCCUUUUAAGGAUAUGAACUCAUCUGGAGAACCAGUUUUGGAUCGGUUGACUCAGAGGAUGCGGGAUAUCACCGGACUACAAAUCCACCAGAGAAAUCGGAUAAAUAUUAUCAAAUACGGGUUUGGAGCUCACUACGCUGCCCGCCAUGACUUCUUCAACGAGACAAACUCGGAAACUGAAGGAUACGGCGAUCGAAUGGCCACAGUUAUGUUUUAUCUUAAUGAUGCACCAAAUGGAGGUGCCACUGUCUUCCCGCGCAUAAAUGUUAAAGUACCUGCGGAACGGGGAAAAGUCCUCUUCUGGUACAAUCUAGAUGGCGAAACCCACGAUGUGGACCCCAAAACUGUGCACGCCGCUUGUCCCGUCUUCCAUGGCUCCAAGUGGGUAAUGGCAGCCUGGAUACACGAGUAUGAUCAGAUGUUCAUUCAACCCAUAUACCGUGAGGGGAAGAUGAAGCACUGAAACAUGAUUAAUAUUAUAUAAAACUUUAGAUAAAACCCACAUAUCUUUUUUCAAAGGGAAGUAUAUGGUAGAAAUUCGCACUUUAAAAAUUAUUCACACCCUAACUAACCGUGGAACAUAUCGAAUUGAAUGUCUAGCGCUGAAUAGCGUUUUUAGGCCGACUAGACAGCCUUCAGAUUCCAUGAAAU